AUGUUGGUAGUUCAUUUGAAUAAAUUUUAGUACCAACAAUAUCAAUUGAUAAUAAAUAGUGAAGGAGAGUGAAAUAACAAAAGACAGAGUCUAAUCCAAACUCCAAAGUGAGUCUGCGAGACGGAGGGCGCAUUUUAGCGACGAUGGUGCACCCAGUAGCGGAAGCUAACGAGCGCAGCCCCUUUGGUGACUUAACAGCGGACGAGUUCUACGCACGCCACUCAGUGAGUCACGGCUCCGAGUUCAUCACAAACCCUAGGGGCCUCAAGCUCUUCACUCAGUGGUGGCUCCCGCUACCCCCCGCAACCGUCACCGGAACCAUCGCUCUCGUUCACGGAUAUACCGGCGAAUCCAGCUGGUUCCUCCAGCUCACCGCCAUCUACUUCGCCAAGGCCGGAUUCGCCACCUGCGCCAUUGACCAUCAGGGCCACGGCUUCUCCGACGGCCUCAUCGCCCACAUCCCUGACAUCAACCCCGUCGUCGACGACUGCAUCGCCUUCUUCGACGAAUUCCGCUCUCGCUUCGAUCCUUCUCUUCCUUCCUUCCUCUACUCCGAAUCCCUCGGCGGCGCAAUCGCGCUAUUAAUCACUCUCCGCCUCCGCGACUCGCCGGAAAAUGUCUCAUCCGGGAAGCCGUGGAACGGUCUGAUUCUUAACGGCGCCAUGUGCGGGAUCAGCGAGAAGUUCAAGCCACCGUGGCCAUUGGAACAUUUCCUUUCUAUAGCUGCGGCGAUAAUCCCUACGUGGCGCGUGGUUCCAACGCGCGGAUCGAUCCCGGACGUUUCCUUCAAAGUGGAGUGGAAGCGGAAGCUGGCGCUGGCGAGCCCGCGGAGGAAGGUGGCCCGUCCCCGAGCUUCGACGGCGCAGGAGCUGCUGCGGAUAUGCAGGGAGCUUCAGGGAAGGUUCGAAGAGGUUGAGGUGCCGUUUCUGGUGGUUCACGGCGGGGACGACGUUGUUUGCGACCCGGCUUGCGUGGAGGAGCUUUACGCGCGUGCCGCGAGUAAGGAUAAGACGCUGAAGGUGUAUCCUGGAAUGUGGCACCAGCUGGUUGGGGAGCCAGAGGAGAGCGUGGAGCUUGUGUUUGGCGAUAUGCUUGAGUGGCUUCGUGCACGCUCGGCCGUUGACGGUGGCGCGUAAGUGCACGUGUUGUUUAGUGAAUCUGUUAUAUGUUGUAACAAACUUAUCUGAUGUGUAUAUGACGAUGAUGAUAAUGUUGGUUGGUUCAUGCUUAUAAUUUGGACUUUAAUAAAAUUGAUGAGGCUUCAACCAACCAAUAGUUUAUGUAUUUUGGAUUAGUUUUGCGAAAAUGAAAGAAUUGUAAUAGGUUUAAAUAAUAUUCUUACUAUUCUUUUA